AUGGAAAGGUAAGCACAAGAAUUUGACUCCCUCCCCUACACAAAAGAACACUAAGUGAGACCAUCAUUCAUUAAGAUAAUGAGAACUGAUACUCAUUUCACAGAUGUUCACUUGAUUUAUGAUAAUUCAGAAGUUUUCAAACUUAAUACCAAAAAUUAUUCCGAUGAGGAAUAAAAAAAUAUAAUCGAGGUCAAGAUCCUUCCAUCACAGUUUAUAUCAAAAGUUAAAGUCAUAAAAAAUAAAGCAAAAGCAAUCAUACAAAUUGAGUUUGUGAUUUCAAAUGCCAGGAAUAAUCUUGAGCCCAAAAUAAUUGAACCUCUUAAAAAGUCUGAGGAGCCUGAGGAGAAUUUGGUCAAAACAGAAUAUAUUGCUGGGAAACAAGAAUAACUUGUAGCUCUACAUUGCAAAUUCGAAAAUUCUCUUACAGAAUUUUAUCCCUACUUUGGGUAAAAGAGUAAUAUAAUCAAUGAAGAUAAUCAAAUUGCCAAGACUAUAAAUACUAACAAGUAGUUUGAAUAGAAACUCCAAGAACAUAAAAUUCUCAUUUUCAAUAGUCUAUACGAUUACAAAUCUUUAUUAGGACUCAUUAAAUAAAUCCCUCCAUUAAUGAUGAUCAAGAAAGAAGAAUACAAGGAUGUAUUCAAAGAAUUAAAUUUAUUUAUUAAGAGUAUUUUCGGAUUAAAGAGAGGGGUUACUGAUACUUUUAAUAAGAUUAACUCGAUCUUUGAAAGUAUCAUAUCCAAAUUUAAGUAACUAAGCAAAAUUCUUGAAGAUGAUCUUGAGAACAGCACUAACUUUAAAGCAUCAAUGUAUUCUGAUGAUGUGAAUAGACUUAAAAAAUUUAGUAAAGAACUUGAGGAUUACUAUGAUGAGCUUCAAAAAAAUUUAAAAAUGACGAAAGGUCUAAGAGACAAUGAUACUAUUCAGAAAUUAAAAUCAGAUUUGAUGAGUUCUGAUAAUGUUGAAAACUUUGAAAAAUUACUAAGAGGGGAUAAAUCGGUAUUACAAAAAGAAAAACUUUCUAGAGAUGAAAAAAGAGUUUAAUUCAAUAAAGUUAAUAAAUUGUACAAAGAAUUAAAGACUAGAGUAAAGGAUUAUGAAAUUCAAAUUAAACAAUUAGAGGAAAUCAUUAGUAAAGAAAAUCAAGAUGAAACUAAUCUUAGAUAAUCAUAGAGUGAUAUUAAAAAUUAUACGUAGAAAUUUUUGAGCCAAUAAUUUCAAAAUAACGAUAUUUCAGAUUUAGACAAACUUAAGGAAGAAAAAAUAUCAAUCUUAGAUAGUUUACAAAAAUAAUUCUUAGAAAUGGAUAGCUAAAUCAAGGAUUAGAUAAAAUAAGAAACAAUAAAGAUACAAACAUAUGGGGAUCCCUAAUCUAAAAAGAUCCAUAUGACAAUUAUAGUAGAUGAUAGUACUUCAAUGAAUGAUAGUUGGGCUGAGGUGCAAAGAAUAUUAAAUAACUUUUUGAAUUCAUUGAAAUAAUAUGACUUAGCUUGCGAAAUUUCGAUAAUAUUUUUCAAUUCAACUGCAAGAAUUCACUGUAGAGCUGUAAAUCUCCAAAAUAUUCCUCCUAUGCCUUCUCUCAAGGGUGGCUCUACAAUCUAUGAAUCGGCUUUUAAGCUUUGCGAAUAAAUAAUUUCAAUUUCAAGUUCUGAUGCUUAGUAAUAUAUUAUAUUUUGCACUGAUGGAGAGUAGUCUGAUGAUAUAAAAAAAUCUAUUAAAAUUCUUUCUGAAGCAAAAAUUAAGUAUAAAACUUUGAAAUUCUUCGCUGUAGGAUUUGGAAAAUAUUAUAAUAAAAAGUCUUUAGACGAUCUUAGUGAUGCUGCUAACAAUAAGGAAAAAUUUCUUUAGAUUGGAAAAUCAUAAUUCGAUUUUGUGCAUGAGGCAGAAAAUGAAUAGUUACUUGAAUACGUUUUUAAAUAAUUUUCAAACACCUUUGACUGCUUAGCCUAAGAAAAAGCUAUUGAAAUUUUAGAAAAACAACUUUAAAACAAUCAAAAUGAUUACCAAAAUUAAUUCAACUUUUUCAACAAUCUUUAUGAAGAAAAAAUACAUAAUCAUAUGUAGGACAUUGAAAAAAUUAAUGAAGUCAAACAAAAAAAUGCUGAUGAAAAAGAAAAAUAUUUCGGUCUGCAGAUUUAAUCAAAACUGGAUCAAACGGUUGAAUAAUUAAAUACACUCAAUAAAAAGAAGCAAGAAUUAGUUACAAAACGAAAUAAUACUUAAAAUGAAUAUAAAGCUUAAAAAGCAAUGAAAGAUGGCUUAAAAUUAGAACUUGAGACAAAAGAUUCAUAAGUAAAGACAAUGUUUAACAAGUAAUCUGAUUUAGAGAAGGAAAGAUCAGAGAAAUUACAAUAAUUCAUUGAGGAUAGUGGCUUUUAAUCCAUAGGUGCAAUUGAAACUUUCUAUAAUUCUCUCUAAUCAACUGAAUCUGUAGUAGAAAAUCUAAUAAGAGCAAUUGAUUUUACAAUGCUAAUUAUAGAUUUCAUCAAAGAAAAGAUAGAGGACUUCGCAUUAUUCUUUAGUGAUAGGAAGGAAAAAGAUGAAAAAUCAAGAGUAGAUGAUGGAGUUAUCUUAAAGUAUUUGAAAUAAAGAUUUUAAGCUCACCUAGAUUCAGAUACUUACAAGAAUGGCACAACAAAGGAUAUUAUCCUUAAAAUUAUAUAAUAGACAGAUAAGAGAGAUUAUCAAAAUUAUCAGCCAUUUAUCGAAGCAAUCCUAUUGACUAUUGAUCUUAAAUCAAUUAAUGAUCUUACGGAGCAACAAACUGAAGAUUUAAUUAAAAAAAUCAUAUACAAAAUAAUGCCAGAGGAUGAUAGAGACGAUGCAAACGGUUCAAGCGGUAAAAAGAAAAGAAAAGAUAGCUAUGAAUCAGAUGAUGACGACAGAUAUACUUAAGCAAGCAAAGACGAAGAAGAUCAUAAUGAUAAGAAGACAAGCUCAAUAGAUGAUGAGGAAUUAGAGAAUUUCGUUGCAAUAUUUGAUUUUGGUGAUUAUAGACUUCCAAAUACAAUGAAAGAACUAAAUAGAGAUCUUAAAGGACUAAAAACUGAAAUGAAAGAAACUUAAAAAUCAGAAAGUGAUAAGAUCAGAGCAUUGAGGACUCGGCUAACUAUUUUAGAAGCAUUAUAAAACAAAAAGACCUUAUAAAAAUGUCUUUACCAAUCAUUUAGGAUAAUAAAUGAGAAAGUAAAAAUAGGAUUUAACAAGUAGUUCAAGAAUAGAAUUAAAGAUAAAUUGAAAGUAAUAUUCCAUUCAUUAAAGUAUGAUGUGAUCUUAAAACUCUAUAUGUUUGAUGAAACUGUGCAGAUCUAUAAAAUUGAAAAAGAGGCAGAAAUAGACAAAAAGCUAACACAAAAUUACAAAGACUAACUUGAACUUAUAAGUUCUAAUAUGUAAAAGGAAAAAGUAUAACCUAAUGAAGUAAAAUCAUAAGAUUAAUAAUAAUGA